CAGCAGUCUGUAUGUUAACAUGGAUUUAGGCUGAGAGAUCCGUUGAUUCCUCUUCAUAGCAAGUUAGUGAAAGAAGUGUAGGAUUUGAAGCAAAGAAGUUGACAGGUAAUGUAUCAAAUUUGGCAAUCUCUCAAACAAGUUCUGCCUGAGGGAAGGAGACAAAACUACAGGAGGAAGUAUCUUGCAAAGACACACCCAAUAUUCAAGAGACCAAACUAAAGAAGCAUUGAGGGAAUUACCAGAACAAGAGGGAAGAAAAUAAUGGAUUAAUUAGUCUCCAAACAAAGGAAUCGUUAGCAUAGUAUUCCAGAAAACAUGGAACUGGAAGGAAUGAACUCCCGUGAUCGCUGGGCGGAUGAGACUGAGGUUGAAGAAGAGGACACUUCCUCUAACACAUGUUGUGAUAGAAUGCAUAGAACCAUUUCCAAUUGGAUGCUUCCUGCGGAGCAUCAGGCUACAUAUCUAAAGAGAGCAAACUGCAUACCUCCUCCUAUCUUCAUAAUCACCAUAAGCAUUGCUGAGCUUGCUGUGUUUAUAUACUAUGCAGUGUGGAAGCCACAAAAGCAGUGGAUCACGCUGGGCACAGGUAUCUGGGAAAGUCCUUUCAUAUACAGAAGUGAGAAGAGGCAGGAAGCAUGGAGGUUCAUUUCCUAUAUGUUUGUGCAUGCUGGAGUUGAACAUAUUAUUGGAAAUCUGGUUGUCCAGUUGACGCUUGGAAUUCCUUUGGAGCUGGUUCACAAAGGACAUCGUAUUGGCUUAGUCUACUUAGCAGGAGUCAUUGGGGGAUCUCUGGCUAGUUCUAUCUUUGACCCAGUCAUGGCUUUGGUUGGUGCUUCUGGUGGAGUUUAUGCCCUGAUCGGAGGUUACUUUAUGAAUAUCAUAGUGAAUUUCAAAGAGAUGGUACCAUUAUGUGGAAUAUUUAGGAUUCUGCUAAUCAUUAUUAUAGUUGGUACAGAUGUAGGAUUUGCCUUAUACAGAAGAUACAUUGUCCAUGCUACUGGAACACAGGUUUCAUUUGUGGCUCACCUUGCUGGUUUCCUGGCUGGAAUGUCAAUUGGUUACACUGUCUUCACCUGCUUUGAUAAAAACUUAAUAAAAGACCCCAGGUUCUGGAUCUGUAUUGCUGCUUAUGUAGCGUUUAUAAUAUUUGCAGUAUUUUUUAAUAUCUUCUUGUCACCAGCAUCAUGACUUGUUCUGGGCCUGAAAAGGGCCUUAAAUGUACUUUCUUGAUAUGUAAAUUGAAAGAAACUUCUAUUUUUAGUUAUACAUUUCCGACACUGCUGGAUGCCAGAAAUUAGAGGCGCAUUGUUAUUUGGAAGAGAAUAGCAGCGCGUCUCAUCUACAAGAUUCUACCACUUUUUGAUUUUUUUAUAGCAGAAAAAGGACUUCACUGUUGAAGAAGAGCAGGAAAAUAUAUACUUCCAGUCAUGGUAAAGAUGAUGACUUGUACAGACUGUCAUUUGAGCAUGUAUCUGAAAUGAAAAUACAUUUUAAAGGGAUUUACUUACUUCCAAAAAAACAUGUUUCUUCUGCCUCUUAAAUAUGUGGCCUAGUACAGCUCAGCUCAGAGUCAGUAUUAUUUCUUCCACGGUGUGGAUGCCACUGUUGCAAUUCAAAUAAAGUUGGUAUCAUAAAACAUGAA